UUGGUCGAGAGAGCAGCUGAAGAAUGUGUGAAAUGACUUAAAUAGCGCUGGAGUCUCAUGUGCGCAGAAGAGCAGAACAUCUCCAACACACACACACAUACACACAGCGAAUUUCGGCAAAGCGUCUUCACUAUAGCAGUGUCUCUCUUCGGGGGAAUCAUGACUCUGAGAGGACUCGUUUUUUGCCUCUUCUUGUGGAGUUCCGUGAGCAGCAGACGCAUAGAAAUGCCGGAUGAUGACACCGUGUUCGAUCUGUUCGAGCUCACUCAUGUCGACAAGAAGCAUCACGGGGUGAAUUUAGUGAAGGGACCCGAUCCAAACAGCCCCGCGUACAAGAUCCUGAACCCGAACCUGAUCCCCUCAGUGCCCGAGCUCUCCUUCAGGGACCUGAUCUACUCCAUCCAGAGCGAGAGAGGCUUCAUCUUCACCGCCAACCUCAAGCAAGUCAAGCGCACCAGGGGCAGCCUGGUCUCCGUGGAGAGGACAGACGGCACCGGAUCCGUCUUUGAGAUCAUCUCCAACGGGAAAGCCAACACCGUGGAUCUGGUGUACUGGACCGCGAGCGGACAGCAUGUGGUGUCCUUUGAGGACGUGAACGUGGCGAACGGACACUGGAAGAACAUCACGGUGUUUGUGCAGGAGGAUCGAGCUCAGGUUCAUGUGGGCUGCGAGGAGAUCAACACUCAAGAACUCGAUGCUCCGAUCCAGCAGAUCCUGAAUCAGGAGAGCGCGGACAUCGCGAGUCUGAGGAUCGCCAAAGGAGCCGCCAAAUCCGAUCGCUUUCUGGGAGUCCUCCAGAACGUGCGGUUUGUUUUUGGAACGACGCUGGACGCGAUUUUACGCAAUAAAGGAUGCGAGAGCUCAACCUUCAUCACAGAUGUCAUGACCUUGGAAAACCCCGUGAACGGAUCCAGCCCGGCCAUCCGCACUGAUUACACCGGACACAAGUCUAAAGAUCUGCAGGAGAUCUGCGGUUUCUCCUGUGACGAUCUGUCCAGCAUGUUUAAGGAGCUCAAGGGACUCGGCAUGGUGGUGAAGCAAUUGUCAAACGAUCUCCGCCAAGUGACAGCAGACAACAGCUUAAUCAUGACUCAGAUUAAAAUCCACGAAGGGGUUUGUCUGCACAACGGCAUCGUUCACAGAGACAAAGACGAGUGGACGGUGGACAGCUGCACCCACUGCACGUGUCAGAACUCCGCCACUGUGUGCCGUGAAAUCUCUUGUCCUCUCAUGCCCUGUGCCAACGCCACCGUCCCUGACGGCGAAUGCUGCCCACGCUGCGGAACGCCGAGCGAUGCGGGUGUGGACGGCUGGUCGCCCUGGUCCGAAUGGACACACUGUUCGGUGACCUGUGGCAGAGGCAUUCAGCAGCGUGGACGCUCCUGUGACCGAAUCAACAGCAACUGCGACGGCACGUCUGUCCAGACGAGAGAUUGCUACAUGCAAGAAUGCGACAAACGCUUCAAGCAGGAUGGCGGCUGGAGCCACUGGUCCCCCUGGUCUUCUUGCUCAGUGACGUGUGGAGAGGGCGUCAUCACUCGCAUCCGGUUGUGCAACUCCCCUACGCCUCAGAUGGGCGGGAAAGACUGUGAGGGAGAUGGUCGUCAGACCGAACCGUGCCAGAAGGACCCGUGCCCAGUGAAUGGAGGUUGGGGACCCUGGUCACCAUGGGACUCUUGCUCCGUCACAUGCGGUGGAGGACUGCAACACAGACACCGUCUGUGUAACAGCCCCGCUCCCAAAUACGGUGGAAAACAAUGUAUGGGUGACUCCAAAGGAACCCGUUUGUGCAACGCCCAGUCAUGUCCAGCUGAUGGAUGCCUGUCUAACCCGUGCUUCGCCGGCACUAAAUGCACCAGCUUCCCCGAUGGCUCCUGGAAGUGCGGCGAGUGUCCAGUUGGAUACACUGGGGAUGGAGUCCACUGUCAAGACAUCGACGAGUGCAAAGAAGUUCCUGAUGCCUGUUUCGUGCUCAAUGGAGUCCACCAGUGUGUGAACACAGAACCAGGCUACAACUGCCUACCCUGCCCUCCACGCUACUCUGGACAGCAGCCCUUCGGCAGGGGAACGGAGCAGGCCAUUGCCAACAAACAGGUCUGCACACCUAGAAACCCAUGCGAGGACGGCAGCCAUGACUGCAAUAAGAAUGCCAACUGUAUCUACCUGGGCAUCUUCUCUGACAUCAUGUACCGCUGUGAAUGUAAACCAGGCUACGCUGGGAACGGUUACAUCUGUGGAGAGGACUCUGACCUUGACUGUUGGAUAAUGUAGGACCUCCACUGUGUGGAAAACGCCACCUACCACUGCAAGAAGGACAACUGUCCUGACCUUCCCAACUCUGGUCAAGAAGACUAUGACAAAGAUGGAACUGGAGAUGCUUGUGAUAAUGAUGAUGACAAUGAUGGGAUCCCUGAUGAUGGGGACAAUUGCCCAUUCAUCUUUAACCCAAGACAGUAUGACAAUGACCGCGAUCAAGUUGGUGACAGAUGCGAUAAUUGCCCAUAUGACAGUAAUCCAGAACAGACCGACACCGACAACAACGGCGAGGGAGAUGCGUGUGCCAUUGACAUCGAUGGUGAUGGCAUCCUGAAUGAGAAGGACAACUGUCCAUAUGUGUACAACACUGACCAGAGAGACACUGACGGAGACGGAGUCGGUGACCACUGUGACAACUGCCCAUUGGAGCACAACCCUGACCAGAUCGACUCUGACUCUGACAACAUUGGAGACAAGUGUGACAACAACCAGGACAUUGAUGAAGAUGGCCAUCAGAACAACCUUGACAACUGUCCCUACAUCCCCAACGCCAACCAGGUCGACCACGACAAGGACGGCAAAGGAGACGCCUGCGAUCACGAUGAUGACAAUGAUGGUGUGCCUGAUGAAAAAGACAACUGCCGACUCGCCUUCAACCCAGAUCAACUGGAUUCGGACGGAGACGGGCGAGGCGACAUUUGCAAGGACGACUUUGACGUCGAUAACGUGCCGGAUAUUGAUGAUGUUUGCCCAGAGAACUUUGGCAUCAGUGAAACAGACUUCCGUAGGUUCCAAAUGGUGCCUCUCGAUCCCACAGGAACUUCCCAAAUUGACCCCAACUGGGUCGUCCGUCACCAGGGUAAAGAACUUCUGCAGACCGUCAACUGUGAUCCUGGCAUUGCUGUUGGUUUUGAUGAGUUCAAUGCCGUGGACUUUAGCGGCACGUUCUUCAUCAAUACAGACCGUGACGACGACUACGCCGGCUUUGUGUUUGGCUACCAAUCUAGCUCACGUUUCUACGUGGUGAUGUGGAAACAGAUCACACAGACCUACUGGUCUCAUACACCCACUAAAGCACAGGGGUACUCUGGACUGUCCAUUAAAGUAGUGAAUUCAACAACUGGACCGGGCGAACACCUCAGGAAUGCAUUGUGGCACACUGGAGACACAGAGGGACAAGUGCGUACCCUGUGGCAUGAUCCCAAGAACAUCGGCUGGAAGGAUUAUACCGCCUACAGAUGGCGCCUGAUCCACAGACCCAAAACCGGACACAUCAGAGUCAUUAUGUAUGAAGGCAAGAAAGUCUUGGCUGAUUCAGGAAGCAUCAAUGACAAGACAUAUGCCGGAGGAAGGCUUGGCCUCUUUGUCUUCUCUCAAGAGAUGGUUUACUUCUCAGACCUAAAAUACGAAUGCCGAGAUGCAUCUUAACGACUCCAUCAGCGUUUUCCUUAAGGAUGUGCCCGCUAUCUGUUCUUUUCUGUAAGUUUAAAUGUGUUCUGUGUUAUAAAACCCUUCUGUGGUGGGAUCGAGGAUCCAAAUGUGGAGGCCAAAAACUUUCCAUAUAAGCAAGGACCACAGGAGCAGGUCGAGCAUGAAGACCCAUCAAUACUUUCACCUCAUCUAUCUCCUCCACUCUCAGCUUGUUUCUUAUCAUGCAAUUGGUAAAGGGAAAUUCUUCUGCAACGUCACCUCAGAUUUGCUGUGGACUAUGAUCAUGACAAAGGAGCCACUUAUAAACUGAAGCAAAAGCUUCCCCUCAAUUCUGGUGGUUUUGAGAUCCCACAGCAGGAACUAUUGAGGAGUGACGCACAGGACAGACAAGUCAGUUUGACUUUGUGAAAGCGUGUUCUUCUGCGGGGAUGUUUGCCAUUGAGACAUCCAGAUCUUCAGGACUCAUUGAUUCAGUCUUGUUUGUCCAUAAGUUAUGAGUUACCCAUUACCCCCCCCCCCACACACACACCCAAAUUCAGCAGUCUUGAUGCUGCUUUUGAUCAGAUUCAGUCAUCGAUGUUGACAACCCAAGAGUCUUCAUUUCACUGUUUAUAGAGUGCUUCUCAGGGCUAGAAGGAGCUUUGUGAUUUGCCGCUCAAGGAGGAAGUUCAUGUCUUAGAUUUAUACACAGAUGUCCCGAUGAGCUUUAAUAAUCAUUCACAGACUCAAGAGUUUUUGUGGCUCUAAACAAGCAGAAAUGAAAAAGGAAGUUGAGAUGUUACAGAGAGAUAAUAGGCGCACUUGUUUAAUUUAUUUAUUGUGUUGAGAGGAGAUGGAUGCAUGAGAACUCAUCUCGCAGCCACAUAUUACUGAAACAAAGAAAGAGAACAACUGGAGCGUUUCCUUCCGUCUGGGAGGAACAGACUGGGGGGAAUGAAUGGUGAACAAAAUAUGACGUAAAUGUAGAAAUAUUACCUCACUGUUGUAUAAUUGAAAUCAACAAAAAUUGCUAAUUAUUUUUGUGCCACUUAUAAUUCAGUUCUGUUUUGUUUUAGAGCUACUGUACGUAGUAAAACAUUAAUUCUGUAAAUAAUAGAAGAAGAAAAAAUAUGAGAUGCCCCAGUAAAACAUGAAUGGAAAGUCAAUAUAAAUAGUUAGUGCCUUAAUUAAUGAAUGAUGUCUUUUUAAAAAUAAAUAAAUAAAUAAGUUAUUGGUAAAGUUUUUUUUUUUUUUUCUGUUUUAAUGUCUUAUGUAUAGAUAUAUGCUAUUUAAUAUAAUUUAUGAGGAACUGUAACCUGACAUUGGAAGUGUUUGUAUAAACUGUUUGCACACUGAUGAGGAUUAUCUUAGUUUUUUUAUGUUUAAGGAUGCUUCAGUGUCAGUAUUGUUACUAGUUUUACACAAUAAUGUUGUUUAAUUCUUAUCAAUCAUUUUGUAAAAUCAAAGAACAAUAAAUACUUUUGAGUAAAAAAUGA